AUGGUUGAACAGAAAGUGUUCCAGCGCCAUGAAGCCCAUGAAAUCUCAACACCGCUGCUUAUGCUAAGGUUGUUUGAGCAGAACAACAUCACUCUGAAUGCCCCGCCAAACGCAUCGAUGAUGUUAGACGGUAACGAGCGCUGCCGCGCUGUCUGGGUUCCUACGAUUUGCGCUUCAAUGACGCUCGAAAGACGCGCGGCAUUCUUGACCUUUGCCGCAUUACCAACAGUGCUCGUCGCGAGGUGCUACGACUACUUGCGAACGAAGUUUUAUUCUAUGUGCACGCUGGCCCAUCUUCCACUCAAGCUCCGAGUCUGA